ACAGUUUCCUCCUUCAGCCAUUCAGUCUCAACCUAAAGUUUUUCAGGAUGGAAGCGGUUCUGUCUGUGGCUGCAGGUGAACUUGUUAGCAGAUUCUUCUCCUUUUUGAUGAGCAAGUGUUCUGAAAAUGCAUGCUCAGAGGAGAAGCGUGUGGAGAGGCUGCAGCAGCUCCUGCUACGAGCUCACAUGGUUGCGGAGGAGGCGGAUCGGCGGUACAUCACCAACUCUGGUAUGCUUCUGCAACUGAAGAUACUAUCUAGGGCUAUGUACAAUGGUUAUCACGCGGUAGACACCUACAAGUGCAACCAGCUAAUCAAAGAGGGUUCUAAGGAAGUGACGACUACUGACUCGUUUGCAUCAUAUCUUGGCACUCCCCUGAAGCGCUUCCGCACAAAUGGUGGUAUAUCAAUUCAUAAAGUUGAUAACAGCUGCGACCUUCAAGAUGCCUUGGUAAAAUUAGAAACUGUCGUUUCGAAUAUGACAGAGUUUGUUAUACUUUUGAGUGGAUGUGAAUCCAUGAUGGUUCGUAGACCCUACGACACCUAUCUUUACGUUGACAACUUCAUGUUUGGUCGUCAGACCGAGAAGCAACAAGUCAUCAACUUCUUGUUACAGCACAACCCUCUUGGUUUUCCAUCUGUGCUUCCAAUCAUUGGUGGCACCCUAGUCGGGAAGAAAACUUUAGUAAAACAUGUGUGGAAUGAUGAGAAGGUGCGUAGUUACUAUUCUUCAGUUUUGCACAUCAACGGGGACAACUUCAGUAUGAUAGACAAUGAAAGAACCACUGGGAGAACAAUUGUUGUUGUCACGUUUGUUUCAGAUGUGGAUGAUGAGAAGUGGAAAUCUUUUUACCAGGCAGUGACAUGCAUAAGCACAGAAACAAAGAUUAUAAUGGUAAGUAGGAUGGAAAGUUUGGCGAGAUACGGUACCGUGGAGCCAAUCCACCUAAGUAGAUUACAAGAUGAGGAAUACAACUACCUCUUCAAGACGCUAGCAUUUGGAAGUGCGCGAGCUGAGGACAACCCAAAGCUGACACUAUUGGCAGGAGAGUUCAUCAAAUUACUGGGUGGGUCAUUUAUAGGAGCAUAUUCAUUUGCCUAUACAUUGAGGACGGAUCUAAGCCUUCAAUUCUGGCUUAGCUCGUUGAACCUAUUAAAAAAAGCAAUGAAGAAGAACUUGUCCUUGUAUAGUGAGAAUGUCUUCCCUUUUAAACAACGCUAUCCAAUAGACUUGACCGAUUUUCUACCCUCUACGGCUGCUCCGCUACACAUUAUGCCUCCUCGAACUGAAGCCGAGGUUUCUGAAAGGAAACUCCCCAAGAUAAGGCUUAAAGACAUCCUUGUGAAUCCAUCCCUUCGUCCCAGGGGUGACUUCGAUUUAGUGACAUGGGAAUCAGGGAUACCUCCUUAUACCGAGUUCUGUAAUCAUGUUACGCCUUGUGCUCAACAGCAGCUUAAAACAACCUUGCGGAGGAAGCGUGAUGCAACUAUUUGUCUCUAGUGUUCUUCUGUAUCUUGCAUCAGACUCUUUUGUUACUCUUGCUUGGUGAAAUGGAAAAUUUAUUGUAAUGGAAAUUCAAUAAUCAAAUAAA